UCGAUGCAAAGCCGUGGGCUUUGACGCGAUCUACUUAAACGCGACCGCCGCUUCUUGCUUUUGCAACCUGCAGUUUGAUGCAGCAACUUCGCAUCCCGAGAUAUAACCGCGGCUCCCUCGGGUGCGUAGUAAUACUUUGGGGGGGAGGCCACGCCCCCGAACGUGGUGUCAGAGUGAAAUAGAGGCUCCGGUUGGUCGGGUUGGCGGACAACAUCUGCUGGACUCCUUCAUUCAAGUGACACCCGAGCUUUGAGCCGUAUUUGAGGAACCAUCCGUUGCCUUUCCGGGCCACUUUCAGUACUACUAUCAGCGCCGUUUGCUUCGCGCAGCCUCUGCGUAGUUGGGACGGUAGGAGAUUCUGGGUCUUUCGCAAAAGAAGCCGAGAGAGAAGGGCGGGGAAGGGGGGUCUUGGCGGCCUCCAAGUCGGCGCGGUUUGGGUACACACAAGGACCAUGUGUGCAGAGUGCUUACGGAAACUGGUGACCCUGGCGUUGGUCUUUGCAAGUGUGGAUGCGGUAGUGGGCACCGAAGCCACGCAUCCUCCGGAAGGUGCCCAGGACAGAGCUCCUCAGCAAAAAGGGCGGAUGUCUCUGCAAAAUUCAGCUGAAAUCCAGCACUGCCUGGUCAGUGCUGGUGAUGUUGGCUGCAGUGUAUUUGAAUGCUUUGAAAACAACUCUUGUGAGAUUCGAGGUUUGCAUGAGAUCUGCAUGACAUUUCUCCAUAAUGCUGGAAAGUUUGAUGCCCAGGGGAAAUCCUUCAUUAAAGAUGCCCUGAGAUGCAAGGCACAUGCCUUGCGGCACAAGUUUAGUUGUAUCAGUCGCAAAUGUCCUGCAAUCAAAGAAAUGGUGUUCCAGCUACAGCGAGAAUGUUAUCAGAAACAUGAUCUCUGCUCUGCAGCCAAAGAGAAUGUCCAGGUCAUUGUGGAGAUGAUUCAUUUCAAAGACUUGCUACAACUUGAACCGUAUGUUGAUCUGGUGAAUAUACUGCUCACUUGUGGAGAAGAAGUCAAAGAGGCCAUCACCCAGAGUGUCCAGGCCCAGUGUGAGCAGAAUUGGGGGAGUCUGUGCUCCAUCCUAAGCCUCUGUACUGUGGUUCCACAUGGAGAGUCUACCCUGGAAUCUGAAAAAAAGCCAAAUGAAGUCUCAAGAAUAUCCACUGGCCAAGGAAACCUUGUAAUUCACCCUCAGUCUGGUACCAGAGAGAAUUCUCAAAAUCCUAGAGGGGAAAGAGGUAGCAGGAUGCCUAUGAAUGCUCACACUCGCACUAAAUCUGGGGGUCAUAAUUCCAAAGCAACUCAUGAGACCUUUGAACAGAGAGAUGAACCUUCUGACUUCUCUGAUAUCCGAAGGUGAAAGGAGUAGACAACCCCACCUUUCCCCCUUCACCAAAAACUUCCUCCGUUGAGUUCAUUUUAUCUAGGGGCAUUCCAAAAAUAUUUACAAGAUAAAGGGGCUACGUCAAGCAUAGGGCAUUGCGGGUUAUGGGGCAGCAACAGCAUAUGUAUUAUAAGCUACAGAGGGGGAAAAAAGACUAUGGGUCGCUGAUUGUAUCCAACAAAUUCAAUGUAGAUGCAACAAAAUGUCUUCAUUUAAACUCUUUAAUUUCUUGAAAACCAUAAAGAGAUGCAGGUCUGGGUUGGUAAUAUUAUUUUUAAAUCAGGGAUAGAUUAAUACAAAUUAUGAUUUCUCCACUAAUGGUUUAGACUGUCUAAAUUAAAUUCAACAUGACUUUAAGUAUAAAAUAAUUCAGUCUCUUAACAGAAAUUAUAAGGGUGUAACUAAUAUGGGCUGCCAUGGCAUUUGUAAGAAGACGAAUGAGUAUGGUAAAGGGGACUUUCCAGUUGAAAACUUAGUUAUCCUCUGAGCCUACAUUCUGCUCCUUUUUAAGUGACACCAUCUGCCUUAAGUAUUUCCUUAUGCUGGUUUGGGCAGUUUAUUCCUCCAUCAUUUCUUUGAAAAUUGAUUAAUUACAGAACCAGCUUCCAGAUAAGGCAAAUGGGCCUUCUCUGUUAGUUCAGUAUUACACAAAACUCCCUUUUUAAUACUCUAAAUCUAAAAAGCCCCACUCCACUUCUGAUUUAAAUGGAUGUCAUAUUUUUCACAUAUUUUUUUCAGGCUUGAUGGAAAACCUCUUUAUACGCUGUAUCAAAAAUCAGUAUCACAAAGGUUACAGGGUUGCAGUAUUUUUAUGCAUUAAGGGCCACCAUUAUGUAGUAUCUGUUAAAGAAAAGUGUCAGUGAAGUGAGGACAUCAAUCACUUCAACGAUUUAAUCUGGUUAAAUAGGUGAAUUGCACACUUCUCCAUACCUCCAUCCUCAUUGCAUUUUCUUGGAAAUACAGCUAACUUUGUCAAAUUAAUGGAACUUAUUUCAUUGAGUAAGUUUGGAUUGCAACUUCCAUGGUCCCAAUUUACUGUGUUAUAUUUCAUUUUGCUUUUUUAGCCAUAUCUGUUCAUUAUUAUUUGAACAUAAAAGAUUACUCAAUAUAUUUACACAUUGAAACUUCAGUCAAUACUUUACUGGAAGAAGGUAUUCCUAAACCUUUUAGAAAAACCUUUCUGGAAAACAGGACUGUCUAAAAUAUUUUGGGUGUAUUAUACCCAACUUUACCAAACUGGUAAAGCGUUGGAUGUGUUGCGCUUCAAGUUCCAUAUUGCUGGAUGGAGAUUGUACUAUUUUUAAACCAACUCAUUUGAAUGAUCCCAGCUUGGAGAAGGCAAUGUUAGCUAUUCAGGUGUUUUAGAAGGAAAGACUAGACCUUAAGUUACUUGUUCACAAAGAGUUUCAUAUCUAAGAUUUUCUUAGUUAAUACAACUUUGGUACAGCUGUAGCUGUUUAUAUGCAUCGAAAACGCAAAGAUAGUCCUGAUGUACUGACUGGAUAAUUCAUAAAUUGCAGAAGUGGAGCAGCUUAAUAUAAAUUACUGUUCCACAACCUAGCAUAGACUUCAAGUUCCACUAUGAAAUUGUGGAUGGAAGUCUGAAGAUAUCAGGUCAGGAAUCUCAAAUGAAACUCAUUCCUCUUUGAUGAACGUAAUUAGAAAAAAGUAUAAGGACAUUGCAUCGUAUCUGCAGCUAGGAAACAUUUGCAUUUUGGGGAGGGAAACAGCUUUUGUGAUUAUGAUGGUCACAGCCCCAAAUCACCCCUUGAAACAAUGAAAUGUAUGAGAAAUGAUAUAGGUAAGUACCCUUUUAGAGGAAGAAUUGUGACCACUUCAGAAUAAACCAUCACACAGAGGUUAAAAAGCCCAAAGAUCUAUUAGUAUGAUUCCCAACUUCUAAAUUUCAGUCUGAGAAGUCUGUAUGGGAAUCAAAUCAUGUAUGUACCAUUAAAUGUCAGCAGAUCAUCUCAGUAUGCAUAUAAUUUAUCUUCAGUGAUCUAGGGAUGUUAAUAUUUGUUUCACAAAUAAUGUUAAUUUGAGGGGGAGAGUAAAGAAAUCACACAAGGCUAAUUUUCCUUUUUUCUCUCUGUGAAAAUUGGAUAUAUGUGUUCAUCUACUGAUUCCACAUAUUCGUUUAAUGUAAAUAUUUAACAUUUUUAUUUAUUAUAUUUUCUCCAUUUAAAAAAAAAUUGAACUCAGCACUGCUGGCUAAGAUAAUUUAAAUAUAUGUCAGGACCUGUGUUGUAUAUAUUCAUGCCACAAGUACAUUUUUGUUAUUGUUUAGAUCAAGGAAAAUAUAAUUUUAUACACUCCAUAAAGUUAUUGACAGCAUCAA